AGACUUGAAUAACGAAUGAUUUCUGAAACGAGGUAAAGCAAGAAUGGUUUCCCUGGUCUUCUGUUAGUGCCACUGGUUUUUUCAAUUCCUGUAGUCUGGGCAGCCAAUCUCGUCAUGGCGAUGGUCAAUGGUGCAUCGAAAUUUUUGAGGAAGAUUUCAGCUGAAAACUUACAAGCAACAAGAACAUUCAUUUCUGCUAAGCAAUUAUGUGCAAAAAGCUCACAAAACAAAGGAAAAGGGAAAAAAGUUGAAGAAAAUAAACCAGUUCAAGAGAUACCACAGAAUCAAGAAGAAUACAAUAAGUUUGUCAGCAAAUACAGAAAUGAAGAUUUUUUCAACUAUAAUGACUAUUCCUAUUAUGAUAUAGAAAAUGAACUUCUUCAACACAGACAGCCACAACCAAAGAAGCCUGCCCUCUUUUAAAAGCUAUGAAUUAUGCUGUUUGUUUUCAUUUGUCAUGGAAAGUUCAUCAUGUUGAGAUUAAAGAAUUCCCUUUUGUCUGUAGGCAGUAAGCAAGAAAAAAAGGCUUGUAAAAACAAAUUUUUUCAAUGAGUGAAAACUACA